AUGGAGUUCCUUGCCGAGGAAAACGAUUGUGGACAGACGCUAUUGCGUCUCGUCAGUCGUGGUAGUGCCAUCAUUGCGGAGCUUUUGCGUCUGUCGAACAAUAUUCCAGGAGUGUUCUUGGGUCCUUCACACGUCGAAGACCCCGAGCAGUUGAAAUACUUAAACAUUCUUUUUGAUUUUACUUACUUGAAAAAUCCAGAGGAUUUUGAAAACAUGAUCAACAGCAAUACAGAGCUGCUGGAUGUUGAUGACGAAUUCAUGGACAACCAUGAAGAUAUCUUAGACCGAUUCUACCAGCUAUUUGAUGGCAUUUACAAGUACAUCGCUGACUACUUAGAAUUUUUGGACCAUCUGGAAAAAGGAUUCUUUAUUCAGCACACAUUAACCAAUAUUUUGUUGGAUACAGACGGUGCUCAACUUAUGUGCGAGGCAUUGCACCUGUAUGGUGUGAUUUUGCUUCUACUGGACCGCAAGAUUCCUGGUCCAACCAGAGAAAAGAUGGUGAUCGCAUUUUAUCGAAGUAAAGGCGAAUCGGCUUUGGAAAAUAUUGACGAAGUAUGCAAACUUUGCCGAGUAACGGGCUACCUUCCUGGCCAGCCAAAGCCACCACAAUAUCCAGAACGAUACUUUAAGCGAUUUCAACCUCCAGAAGAAGUAGUUAGUAUGGUGAUCGGGAAACUUCAGUCGGACGAUGUCUAUUUGCAAGAACCGUGCUUUCCACAUCGUAAUCACCGCUCGACGCGGCUGGCAGCACAGGCGUCGAUGCUUUUUGUGAUUUUGUUCUUUGCUCCAGAUAUUCUUAUUCAAGAGAAAGCAAGUAUGCGUGAAAUUGUCGAUCGCCACUUCAAUGAUAACUUUAUCCUGACGACAUACAUGGGUACAGUGGCUGAUCUGUCGUUAGAGUGGGCCGCGUAUCCGGCGGCACGCUUGGCUCUUGCAAAUACGUUGGAACCUUCUAAUAUUGCGCACAUUACCAAAAAAAAUGCACAGCAGACACAACGAUCAAUUGAUGAGCUUAAUCACUUUCUUACAGAAGGUGUACUUACAGAAAUGUACGUACUGGAGAACCUUGAUCCGCUGUUAAACUGCAUCCGAAAUGCUAACGUCACGAUUCGAUGGACGAUGAUGCAUUCACGUAUCCAGCCGGUGAUUUUUAUGAUGGAAAACUCAACUACACAGCGUGAGAUUUUUGACAAAGGCACUGACCCGGACAAGUUAAUUACGUUACUGCUUAAAGUCUCGCAAUUAGAAUGGAAACUUAAGCAGAUGUUUCAAGCUUUACUUGCAACAAAAGAAGAUCGAUGGCAGCGUUGCAUGAAGGAAACGUCAGAGCGUAUGGAAGAGCUGAGUGAAUAUUUUUCCGGUGAAAAGCCACUGACUCGCGUGGAACGCAAUGAAGACCUAAUGAAAUGGUUUAAAGACUUGGCGGAGAAGGUAAACAGUUUGGACUACAUAGAUCAUAUUAAGGCAGGUCGACGAAUCAAGCGCUUGAUAGAAGCCUUGGGACACGUGGAACAGUUUGACCAAAUUGACACAAAUUUGCAAGUGAAGGCGUACCUGGAGGAAUCCCGUGAGUUUCUUACCGAAAUGGUACGCACUGUGCGUAUUCGAGAUGAAAUCAUGGGAAUUAUUGAGAAUGUCUCCGAUCUUUCAUAUGGAUGGGAAAUUAUAAACGAUUUUAUGAAAAUUCUGCAUCAGCGUGUAAAAAAUGACCCGUCGUCAGUAAUUCUACUACGUGCGAUGUUCUUGAAAUUUGCAUCGAUUCUGGAUGUUCCGCUCACACGCAUCCAUCAGUGUGGCUCUGAAGAUGUGAUUUCCGUGGCUGAGUAUUACUCGGGAGAGCUUGUGGACUACGUACGACGUGUGAUGGAAGUCAUACCUCAGAGUGUGUUUCGUAUUUUGGCAGGGAUUAUUAAAUUGCAGACUGACCACAUGAAGCCAAUUCCUGUAAAGUUUGAGAACACUUUGCUAAAGAAUCAUGCACAGCUGAACGAGCGCUAUCGCCUGGCACGUGCAACCAACGAGGUUUCCAAAUACACAGAAGGAAUAUUGGCCAUGAAGCGAACGCUACUCGGUAUUAUUGAGGUGGACCCUCGACAGGUACUGGAAGAUGGUCUGCGCAAGGAACUUGUAUACCGAGUUUCACUCGCUUUUCACGAAGUGCUUAUCUUUGAAAAAAAUACUUCAGAGGAGUGUAACGAAAUUUUUGUCAAACUGGCGUCCAAUCUGGAUGCAUAUAGACUUUCAUUUGAAUACAUCCAGGACUACAUUGGUAUUUACGGUCUCCGGAUGUGGCACGAGGAGCUGUCGCGUAUUAUUAAUUACAAUGUCGAACAAGAGUGCAAUCGUUAUUUGAAAAAAAAAGUUUAUGACCGUGCAUCGCAGUAUCAAAGUCGUGCAAUUCCAAUUCCAAGGUUCCAGCCCCCAUCAGGCGACAUGAGUGUCAACUUUAUGGGUCGCCUCAUGCAUGCGCUUUUCACCAUGACCGACCCGCAUUCGACCAUAUACUCCCCGCAAUCGAUCGGAUGGUUUUCUGAAGAUGGCAACGAGGUGUGCGGUAUUGGCGCCUUUUCAGUUCUUCACAAGAGCGUGGGAUUACUCGGUCUCGCGGGUCUAGACCGCAUGCUCUCGUUCCGUAUCGUACAUACGCUCAACAACUUGGUCAAAUUUUGGACCUCGGCCGUAACGCCAUACUUUCCGCUUUUAGAUCAACUCUCUGCAGCUCUUGUGCCUGAAUGGAAGCUACCCGAGCAUUCAACAAAGCUUUACGAGGCUGCUUUAAAAAAGGUUGAAAAGAUUAUGAGUAAGCUUCUUAAGGCUGUACUUAUUAUAGGCCAGGCAGCACUCAUUCGACGCCAAAUAUCAAGCGAGCUGUCGUUCUCUAGCCGUUUGGAUGCAAAUUUGCUGGCAACGACACUUGAGACGCUGAAUAUUUCGCUUCUCAACGACAUUCGAGCGCACUAUCGUGAUCCGAAGAACAAACCUUACCCGGGUAGCGAAGGUAACCCUGUGCUCGUCGAGCUCAAUAAGUAUUUGGAAAACACUGGAGCCAAUGACCCAUUUCAAAAAAUUUAUGUCACCAUUGCUGAACCUAUGGAAGGUCUGGCAGCCAUGUUUAUGCUCUUUGUAGUAGCGUACAUGCCAAAGUUGCAGUAUAAUCGUAAUUUUGGUGCGCUCAAUCGAGUUGGUAAAAAUCCAAUUGAUGGCGAGCCUCUGCUUGUAGGCAUCCUUACGAUUCUCAAGCAAUUUCACCCAUCGUACACCAAAAAGUUCCUUGCUUACUUGGGCCAAUUUGUACGUACGAAGGUGAAUGAGAUUUUUGCCGACAAGGUUGACAAAAAGGGCAAAUCGUCUUUGCCAACCGAACUACCAGUGGAUGUAGUGAAUACACUGAUCUUCAUGCUAGAAUUUGCGCGUUGUGCCAAGAUUAAGCGCAACAUUCUGGAUUGUCACGUACCUGCGUAUGUUUUCGAUGCAAUUCAGCUCUAA